AUUGGGAUACAUCCACAUCAGAAUUUAUAAUUCUGAUUCUGCACCAAGAUUUGAUUUAACCACCUUUAGCACACAGAAAAAAGACAACCACUCAGUAGUAUAUGCAUUUUGUGGGAAGAUUCCAAACAACAGAAAAUUUUCAGAUCUUAUUGACACAAAUGACUUUUAUAAAAUUGAUGUCAGCACUUUGCCCUUUUCAUUUUUGCGAGUUGAUUCCCCUCCUCAAGCUCAAUGCUGCAUGUCUUCUGUCAUUGACAACAAAGGAAAACUUCAUAUAUGGGGUGGACGUACUAAUACUUUAGAUAGAAGUAUGUAUAUAUUUGAUACUUUUGGUUCAACGUGGAACCAAAUUCUACCUUCUGGUUAUGUUCCGGAUCAAAGAAAAGCCUACUCUGCAACAUUUAAAGAUGAUAAAUUUAUUAUAUUGGAGGCGUCCAUCAAACUGAUGAAGUUGCUGAUAUUCGACAACAACCGUUUUGCUCAUUCAGCAGUUAUUGCUCCUGAUAAUCGAAGUAUUAUUAUAUUUGGUGGCAUAACAACAUUCAAUACUUCAAUAGAGUAUACUUUAUAUGAUUACUUGAUUUCUUUGAAUCUCGAAACAUUUGAAUUUUCAGAGCUUAAAACUCUAAACAAACAUAGCAUUGAUGAUAUACCAAUUCGUCAUACGGCUAUUAUGUAUAAUAAGUUCAUGAUAGCAUAUAUAAAACUCUUGAAUUUAUCUCAAAAAGAUUAUGUCUGGGUUGAUAAAUAUAUCGCUCCAAACUCUAUCUCACCUCCACCUCCAAAUGAAACUGCUAUCAAUAGCAAUAUAUUGCAAACUCAACCCAAUAUAAUUGUAGGUCAACACAAUACUACACGUGCUCCAUUAGAUCACAAUACAGCGUUACCUUACAAUAUACCCGAAAUUAUAAAUCAACAAACUACUACACAAGUUCCGCUUGGUUACAUUUAUGCUCAUAACGAUAGAACUAGUUAUAAUCCUUCUUUAGCUAUAUAUUAA